AUGCAGCAAUGUGUGGCGAUUAUCGGACCCAAAAACGUGCCGCUGUACUUGCACACGUCUGAUCGGGUUUCAUCGUCAGCGACAAAAUGGCAUUUUCUUGCGCAUAGCGCAUUGGACAUGGUAGAGGAAUGUGUGAAACAACAUACGAACCCAUAUUUGGGUUUACUACUCACUAUUGAAGAUUCUGCCAUUUAUGGGUAUCAAACAAACACUAAUACAAAAUUUCUUCUGAUGUUUGAGGAAUCGACGGAUCCCUUUCCUGACGAGGAUAUUAAGACACUAUGUAAGGCCAUCCAUGCGGUGUACCAAUCCUACGUCUCUAACCCUUUUGUUGGUGUGAACCCUGGCGAUUUACCGACAAAGAACCCCGAUGCUAUCGUACUUCAACCCUGCACUUCACCAAGUGCAGAUCCAUUGAAUACCCAAAUUACUAGCCCUCGCGUUCAUCAGCGCAUCAUGACGAUUCUAGGUUGGUAA